AUGCCCGCUCCACCGGGUCCCUCGGCCAGUGGUGGCCCGUCAUCGUCAUCGAAAUCAUCAGCAGCUCCAACAGCCCGCAGCACAACGGACCCCAUCCUGCGCAACGCCCUACGCUAUACUAUCUCGGCCCGCGAGUAUGCGACACUGCACAAAUAUGUCAUUUCGCGGUCGCGUGCUCUGAAAAAGCGCGCGCCGACGGUGGAGAGUGUGGAGAAAAUUAUUGGGGGGUCGUCUUCUACGGCUGCUUCUGCUGGGAAAGGGAAAGGGAAGGGGAAGGGGGAGAGGGAGAGGAGAGCGGCGAUGGUCAGGGGGGAGGAUGAUUAUAAUGCGAGGGCGGUACGGCAUUCGUUGAGGGUGUUUGUGGCCACGGGGGCGUUGAUGAAGUUGUGGGGGGUUGUGUCGGGGCGGGUGUUGGGGAAGAAGGAUCCCCCAGCAACGGCUGGCAAGAAACAACCCCUCCACAAAUCCCCCACGCUACGCCUCUCGCUAUCCCUCAGUACCAUCCUCCUGCUCUACCGCAUCCUCUUCCGCUUCUUCAACCGCCUUCGUGCGCACCUCCUCGACCCGUCCGCAGCGCCGUUUUGCUCGCGCAACCCCCGGGCUGCCCGGACAUUGACGUCCCCCUACGCGCCUGCUGUCGGCGCCUCGCUGGCCGGCCUCGCACUCGGUGUGUACCCGUCAAGCCAGCUGCGCGUGACGAUUACGCUGUACACGGUGUUCCGCGCGCUCGAGUUUGGGUGGAACUGCGCGGAGGAUAACGGGAUGCUGUGGGGCUGGGAGAAGGGCGUCAAUGGCAAGCCUGAUACGAUGAGGGCGCGGCCGGCGUGGUGGGGGAGCUGGAUGCUGCAGCCGUUGGCGUUUGGGCAGUUGUUCCAUGCGUUGGUCUUUGAUAGGGACUGUUUUCCUUCGUUCUGGAGCAACUUUGUCUUCAAGAAUUCGACCGCCUACCUCCAGGCUAAGCCGGACACGUUCCCGGCCGGGUUGAAGUGGCCCCAAGCAGGCCAAAUCGCCGAUAGUCUCGCGCAGAUGGCCCGGCUCAGCUGGCCAGCCUUCAUCUCCCCCACUCUCUUCCCCCAAAAAGAAGACAUCCUCCCGGUCUCUCUGGCCCCAAUCUCCCCCCUCACCUCCGGCGCCCACCCCCUCAUCAACUCCCUCUCCUGCGCCGCCCUCCACCCCUCCGACCCGUCCUGCACCCGCACAUUCCUCACCUUCUGGCUGCGCUCCUUCCCUCCCUUAACCCGCCUCCUCGUCAUCAUCUACUCCGCCCUCCUGCUCCCGCGCCUCUCAGCCCUCUACCACUUCCCGCUCUCCACCCUCCGCCAACUCCUCUCCAACGCCCUGCGCAUGGCCGGUUUCCUGACGGGUUCCAUGGCCACGGCCUGGUCGUCGGUCUGUUUCUUCCAGACCUGGCUGCCGCGCACUUUCUUGCCAACGCAGCGGUUUUUCGUCGGCGGGUUUGUGGCCGGGUUGUGGGCGUUGCUGCAGCACGGUCGGCGCGGGAGUCGCGGGGUGUUUUUGUCCAGUGCGAAGGUGAGCGUGGAGAGUUUGUGGAAGGUUGGGGUCAAGAGACGGUGGUGGAGGGGGAUGCGGGGCGGGGAUGUGUGGGUGUUUGUGGCUGCUUUGAUGGUUACCGGGGUUGUUUAUGAGAGGGAUGCGAAGGCGGUUAAGGAGGGGGCGUGGAGGAAGGGGAUUAGUUGGGUUAGGGGAGAGGGGUGGAGGGAUUGGGGGAUGGAUGUGGAGGAUGAGACUGAGGAGGGUGAGGGGGAGGAGGGGGAGGAGAAGGAUGGGGAUGGGCUGUGGAUGAAGACGGAGUGA